AGCCGGUGUCCGGUGUGUUGGUUAUUUUUUUAUUUCUAAGCGUCUGGAAAAUAAUAUCUAUAAGUUAACUGAGUUUAUAAUACAAAUAUGGAAAACGACAUAUUUGAUUCACUGGGAGACUUAGGAUAUGAUGGUCCAUUAUCAGAUCCUGAUGCAUUUUCAAAAGCAAUAGACGAUGGACUCAAGUCCUUGGACUUUAUUAAACUUGUAUGCGAAUUGGCUGAGGAACUGAAAACGUUAUGUAAAGUUGAGGAAUCUGUUAAUAUGAUUAACAGUUUGGAGGAGACGAGCUCUUUUAUGUUGGAGUUGAGUUCGUUUCUUAAAGAGUUAGGUUGUCCGUAUAGAGGAUUGAUUUCAGGACAUAUGUCAUCUAGAUUACAGACAAAAGAAAUAAGAGUAACACUACUUGACUAUUUGAUUUCGGAAAUAAUGGCUGCUAGGAUGGUCAGUGUUGAUUGUCCAAACGAAAAUCAACCACCAAACAUGGAUAUUGUUAUGCAAGAAUCUCCCACCGCUAAAGCUUUAAAAGAAAUAUUAAUAGCUUUGAAAUUUAACAAACCUCCGCCAAAUAUUACACCUGAAGUGCUUUUUUCUAAACUAGAAGUGAAGUUGAAGGAUACUAUUCAAAAAGAAGGUCAGCAAUUAGUAGGAAAGCCAUUAUAUAAUAAAGCGUUAACUGAAAAAGAUUGGAAAGAAUUGGAAAAUAUUUUCACAGAAAUGUAUGAUGAAUAUAGACUAAGAAGAGAAACUUUAAUAUCAAGGCUGGAAUGUACUAUACAGAGUUUUGAGUGGUCAGAUCGUCUCAAAGGUAAGAAGGAUCAAAUUCAAGCAAUAUACAGACCAAAACGUGAACAGAUGAAAGUAAAACCAGAAGUUAAACUUUGUGAUUUUCUCGCUGCGAGGACAUCAUUAUUACAUGUAGAUAAGACUUCCAGCGCUAAUGUCAGGAAGAAUACACAGUCUGAAGUCAACAAAGUCAUCAUUGGUCAGGUACCAGACCGAGGUGGUCGUCCCAAUGAACAGCAGCCUCCACCACCGGAGAUGCCAUCUUGGCAACAGAGGUCUGCGCCUCAGGGUGGUCGAGGUGGUGGUGGUCAGAGGGGUGGUAGGGGGGAUGGCAGCGGAGGUGGCGGACGUGGCAGGGGAGGGGGUGGCAGGGUACAAGGCGGCUACAACCAAGGACAACAAGAUCAGAACAGAUCCCAGAAUCAAAAUUACCACCAAAAUCAAAACCAGAAUCACCGUAACUACCAAACGUUUGAAGUUCCUCCGGGUGGUUAUGGACAGAAUUAUCAUCCUAAUCAAGGUUAUAACCAAAACCAGGGUUAUAAUCAAGGUUACGGUAAUAACCAAGGUUAUGACAGCGCUGGAGGUUAUAACCAAGGUUACACUACACCGGGUUACAGAACUUAUCAUCCUCAGGCUAGUCAAGGACCGGGUUACUCUCAGGGUCGUUAUGAUGAUGAUCGUAGGGGACGUGGAGGGUACAGGGGGAGACGUAAUUAGUCAUAUUACUAAUUCUAGUAAUUUUACUAUAAUUUAUGUUAAGUUCCAAAUAAAU